UUUUCUCCUGGAAAGAAAAAGAAACACAAACUUUCUUCCCCAAUCCUCUCUUCCCUUUCUCUUUCUCACCCCAAAAAUUCAGACAAAAACAAAUCCCCCCUGAAAACACCAACAACCAUCAUCACCAUAGCAGGUUUGUCAAACAUCAUCAUCAUCAUCAUCAGUCACAGGCUCACAGCACCUAAUAUCAUUGUCUUUUUUAAUGAAAAUCCAAGAGUCUAAAAGGGUUGAAUGAAUCCUUGUACCAAUUUUACAUUGCUUGUUCAAAGGGUCAUCUUUUCAUUCAUCAUCCAAAGGAUGAAAAGGAACUCAGAAACCAACAUGAAGAAUUAGAAUCAUCUGAAUCCUUUCUUGGAUAGCUCAAAAGGGGUUUGAAAUUCUGAAUCUUUACAUGGUGUGGUCCUGUUGGAGAACAAAUUAAUGGCUUUCCAGAGAUCCUUCAGAUCACAAUCAGUGCCAACACAAACAUCAUCAUCUCUACCAGAGAAAACUUCUGAGGAGCCUUUACCUAGCAAAGUUGCACAAAGCACUGUUACAUGUUUCUACCAAGCCAAUGUUGCAGGUUUUUGGAGAAAUGUCACAGUUUUAUGGAACAAAAACCUCAUGAACCACACCUUGAACAUAACGGUUGAUAGCGUAUCAGGAGACUUGCAUUUCAACUGCAAGGUUGACGUUAAGCCAUGGCACUUUUGGAGCAAAAAAGGGUACAAAACCUUUGAGGUUGAAGGGAACCAGGUGGAGCUCUAUUGGGAUCUUCGUUCCGCAAAAUUCUCCGGUGGCCCUGAGCCAAACAGUGACUACUAUGUAGCCUUGGUUUCUGAUGAAGAGGUUGUGUUGUUGUUGGGGGAUUACAAGAAGAAAGCUUACAAGAGAACCAAAUCUAGACCAGCCCUUGUUGAUGCCAUGUUACUGGUCAAGAAAGAAAACGUGUUCGCCAAGAAAAGCUUCUUCACAAAGGCCAGGUUUGAUGAGAAGAGGAAAGAGAGUGAGAUUGUGGUGGAGAGCUCAACUGGUGGUGCUAGUGACCCUGAGAUGUGGAUAAGCAUUGAUGGGAUUGUAUUGAUUCAUGUCAAGAACUUGCAGUGGAAGUUCAGGGGGAAUCAAACGGUGAUGGUUAAUAUGCAACCUGUUCAAGUGUUUUGGGAUGUGCAUGACUGGUUGUUUAGUGGGUCUGCUUCUGGGCCUGGGCUUUUCAUUUUCAAGCCCGGGCCCCCUGAGGCAGAGAGUGAAAAGGAAGGUAGUGCCGUUGAUGGUUGUGAAAGUGAUGAUGGAAGUUUCUAUUCAACUCUGAAUGUUGCUACCUUUGAGUUCUGCCUUGUUCUCUAUGCCUAUAAAACUGAGUGAGUGAUAGAGAAAAGAGACCAUAUGUAUGAUAGUCGGGGACACAGGCAUGUUUGGAUACCGGUUGAGUGUAACAUGAACAGGCUUUCAUUCUAAUUCAUAAGAGGAGUUUUGUUCAUUUUUUGUCUUGAAGUCCAUGCUAACGUCUGUUUGCACUGGUGCCAACGGAUAUCCAAACAUAAUUUUAGUAGCAAGAUUGUAAAGAUAGUUGAAAUUAAUUGAAGACCUGGUUAUUUGAAAUCAGGAUACAAGGAUUGAUAUUUGCAGGGGGAUUUUAUCUUUUUGUUUUAUUUAUUUUCAUGCUAUUCUUAUUACAUGCAAUCUGUCCAAUUCUUUGAGCCUUAGCAACCAGUAGCUAGUAAACAGAUAAUAUCACAAUGUAUAUCUUUCAAUGCAAAUACUAAAUAAGCUAAACUCAGACGAAAAGACUCAUAACUUCCCAA